UCUAGUAGUGGAUCAUUCCACAUUGGUGCUACUGCAGGAAUAUCACGCACCCCACUUUCGGCUCUGCUGCAUGUGGAUGGAACUGCAGUUUUCAAUGGAACUACUGGUGUUGGUGGAAGUGAGCAAAUAGACGUGCCCGAGAAUCUCUCUCUCUCUCUCUCUCUAUAUAUAUAUAUAUAUAUAUAUAUAUAUAUAUAUAUAUAUAUAUAUAUAUAUAUAUAUAUAUGUGUGUGUGUGUGUGUGUGUGGGGAAUAUAGAUUUCAAUGCGCUUUCGAUGGUACCCACGUUUGAAUGUUGCAACCCACUAUAUAUCCAAUUUAGAUAAGUUUAAAAUAAUUUUAAAAUGCUAUGCAUGGUCAUAGGACUGUCAGACACCCCCCUUUCGGCUUUGUUGCAUAUGGAUGGAACUGCAGCUUUUAAUGGAACUGAUGGUGUUAGUGGAAGUGAGCAAAUACACGUGCCCAUGAAUCAACAUGACACCGAUAAUGUUGUCACAGUCUCACCUGGUAGUGCAAGAAAGCAGGAAAAAAGAGAGGGAGCGAAUUAGGUUUGCAACCAUGUCCAUUGAGAAAAAGACUGAAAGGAAUACCAAAAAAAGAGAAAAAUAUAAUAUUACGAGAAGUGAAAAGAUAGUCAGAACUAAUGAAGGAAUACGUCAGAAGAACAAUUGUUUGCCAGGUGAACAGAGAAAUGUGGAUCGAGAGGAUAUGUUUGACUCAGGCCUAUGGGAACCAGAUGAUCCGAUGCAUGGAGUUGAAGAACAUGAUUUAGAUGAGCAGAACCCAGUGGAUUAUGGGCCUGCUAAUACAGAGGACGAUGAGGCACGCGUAUUCCAUCACCAGGAUUUCCAGUACGAGUAUGCUGUGGAUGCUGAUAUUGGAUUUAGAUUUUCGGAUCCAUAUGAUGCAGUGUACAAGGAUCUUCCGAAGAAACACCAUGUUCUGAAAAAGCAAAAAGCCUAUCAAUUUUGCCAUGCAAAGAGGUUCCCAGGUGAAGGGCCGGCCUUCUGUUGCAGGAAAGGGAAGGUUAAUAUAUAUAUUCCAGAGAUACCGGCAGAGCUCCGCCGCUUGUUCGCCAGUCAGACUGACAGGGAUGCAAAAUAUUUUAGGAAGCACAUUCGGUAUUUUAAUAGUCACUUCUCAUUCACAAGCUUUGGAAUUUCCAUUGAUCAUAAUCUCGCAUCUGCAAGAGGUAUUGGUGUCUAUUGUUUUAAAGCACACGGUCAGAUAUAUCAUAGGUUCGAUCAACUUGUUUCUGGUGGGAGAGGGCCUCGCCAUAUGUAGCUAUACUUUUAUGACACCGAUGAGACCAUUGCACAUAGGGUCAAAAGGUCGCCUAAGCUUGAUACUUCAAUGAUCCGGUUGAUUUUGAGGAUUCUGCAGAACAACCCAUAUGUGCUUCUAUUCAAGAAUCUCGGUUCGGUGUCUAAUAUUGCAGAGUACAACAUUGAACUUAAUACAAGCAUAUCUAUUGAUCAGAGUAGAUAUAACGCCCCUGGAAUGGAUCAGGUCGCUGCUAUAUGGAUGGACGGUAAUGACCCUCAACAAAGAUUUUCUCGCAGCAUAAUAAUAUAUGGCAGAGAAGAUCGACCUCAAUAUGUCAGGGCGUUCCAUGGUUGCUAUGACCCGUUGGCCUACCCUCUGUUGUGUCCUGCUGGUGAGACUGGAUGGGAGCAUAAACAAAUUGAAUAUCAAGAUCCACCUCCUGCUAAUCCGAAGAGAAAAUAUAUGAAGCGUAAGAAGCAAGG